UCUUUUCCUCAGACACGUGACCCUCCCACGGCCUUGCCUUGUAGCCCGCGUCACGUGACCGGGAGGAGGGCGGCCAUCUUGGUUACAAACACAAACAAGCGGCGAGAGGAGGAAGGACCGAGAGAAGCGGAGCCGUAGACGCCGCUGCGGCCUCCUCCUCUUCCCCUCUCCCGUCCCCCCCUCUCCUCCUCCUCCCCGCGCGCGGAGCAGUGGCUGGUACCUCUGGAGGUGGCAGGUUCUGUUCUUACGCAUGUCAGACGAGAAAUGAAGAGGAAGCCAGGCUGAAGCUCUCACUCAGCCAUGAAGCGCAUUGAUGCCCUUGGGAGAGUUCCUCGAAUGUGAAUUGAGCCGCUGGGCUCUGUCGCGGGGCCCAAGACCAAACAGCCUUCUGGGAGAUUGCCGGUGGCUUUCGGCCGAACUGAGCUCCAGGAGCGGCUUCGCUAGGAUUGCUCACGUCAGAGAAGGAGGCCAACUCAUUCCUCCCCUUCCUCCUGCUGUUCUGCUUGCCUGCCCUGCUGCUGCCCCUUCUGGGCUGCUCACAAGGGGGCAGCGUGUUGUGGGGGCUGCUGUUGGGGUUCCCGGCUUUUGAGAUUGGACUUCCAGCUGGAGGGGGUGAUCUAGGGCGAAUUGUUUAAGCUAUAGCCAAGGUCAUUGGAGAAGAGCAAAGACAGGAGCCAGUGAGAGAUCAUCCAAGGAGGAGCAGUAGGGAUGGCAGCUGAGACGCUGAACUUCGGGCCAGAGUGGCUUCGUGCACUCUCCAGCGGUGGGAGCAUUGCUUCUCCCCCACCUUCCCCUGCCAUGCCAAAGUACAAGCUAGCCGAAUACCGAUAUGGGCGGGAAGAGAUGUUAGCACUUUACGUGAAAGACAACAAGGUCCCAGAGGAAAUCCAGGAUAAAGAGUUCUCUGCCAUUCUCCAGGACGACCCUCUGCAGCCCCUGGCGUUGGUACCCUUGACGGAAGAAGAGCAGAGGAACUUCUCCAUGUCUGUGAACAGCGUGGCAGUGCUGAGGCUGAUGGGAAAGGGCAGCGGGGCUGCCCCAGCAGGAGUCUCCCGCGGAAGAGGCAGCACCCGGAGCCGAGGCCGUGGCCGUGGCGAGAGCGGCUUUUACCAAAGAAGCAUUGAGGAGGCAGAAGGAGCCUUUGGCCGUGGCGGGGUUCGCGAGAUACACCGUAGCCAGAGUUGGGAUGACCGAGGAGAACGACGGUUUGAGAAGCCCAUCCGACGGGAAGGAGCCCGGCCUCAGUUUGAGGAGGCGGUUCCUUCAGGCCGCAAAGAGUUUGCCCGCUCGGACAGUGACAACUGGCGCACGCUCCGGGAGGAGCAUGAGGAGGAGGAAGAGAGCGGCGGUGGCGUGGCUGGGUCAGGGGGCAGUUGGCGGCAGAGCGGAGGCAGCAGGCGGGAGAGUGAGCGCUGGCGAUCUGCCAGCCCAGAUGGAGGGCCUCGAUCUGCAGGUUGGCGAGAGCAUGGCGGAGAAGGGCGCCGGCGGAAGUUUGAUUUUGACUUCCGGGAGCGUGAGGAUGAGCCGCGGAGCGGGCGCCGUCAUCGGCACAACAGCGACAGCUUUGAGGACGAUAAGGAUGGCCUGCCUGAGUGGUGCCUGGAAGAUGAGGAAGAGGAGAUGGGGACUUUCGACUCCUCUGGGGCCUUCAUGUCCCUGAAGAAGAGCCCCAAAGAGCCAAUUCUUGAGGAGCAGGAGUUAAGCUUCCAGCCCCUGCAAGAAGAAGAGGAGGAGGAGGAGGAGGAGGAGGACCUGCCAGAGGCCAAGGAUGGUGAUAGGAGAGAGGGUGGGGAUGUCCCUGUCAGCCCCACAGCAAAGGAGGGGGCGGAGAGAGAACGGAAGGAGUCCUGGCAAGUGCCAGAGGAGAAACUGCCUGCUCCUCCCGGUGCCCCCUGGCGAUCGGGCCCCUCUUUUCCCACUGCUGCUCUUCCUUCUGCGGGUGAAUGUGAGAGUUUCGUGCCCAGGGGCUGCUCUAAAGCGGAGGUCUCAGUGCUCACUGGCAGCGGCAACAAAGAGGCGGAAGCUCUAGACGGGGACGCAGGCAUCAUCCUGAGCCACCCGACUCGGCUCAGCCCUGUCGCUGCCCUUCCCACCCCGACGUCCUCGUCCACAGCUGCUGCUGCUGCUGCUGCUACUGAAUUCACAGUUGUUGGGGACAAUGAGGAUGAAGACGGGAUGAAGCACCUGCAGCAGGAGGCAGAGAAGAUGGUGGCUUCCUUGCAGGACAGCUCACUGGAGGAGGAGCACUUCACACAGACCAUCGUGGAUCAUCGCAACACUGCUGCUGCCUUGCCACUCUCUCACGAAGCAGCCAUGAAGUGGUUCUAUAAGGAUCCCCAGGGGGAGAUCCAGGGCCCCUUCACGACUCAAGAGAUGGCAGAGUGGUUCCAGGCUGGCUACUUCACUAUGUCCCUGCUGGUGAAGCGAGGCUGCGAUGAGGGCUUCCAGCCCCUGGGAGAAGUCAUUAAGAUGUGGGGAAGAGUGCCUUUUGCUCCAGGUCCAUCGCCACCCCCGUUACUGGGAAACAUGGACCAGGAGCGCCUGAAGAAGCAGCAGGAACUGGCCGCUGCCGCCCUCUACCAGCAGCUCCAGCACCAGCAGUUGCUUCAGAUCGUCAACAGCAGGCAGCAGUAUGCGCAGUGUGCCCUCCCGCAGAAGGGGGCAGCCGGGGACCUGACGCAACAGCAGCUCACCACCUUCUUGCAGCAGCUGCAGGCUCUGAAGCCGAGAGCCGGGGAGCAGGGAAUGACUCCUUCUAUGAACCGAUCAAUAUCUGUGCCAGAGACCGGGUCCCUGUGGGACACACAUACCUCAGCCUCACCGCAAGCAGGCGGUGAAGCCAGCUUAUGGGAUAUUCCAAUUAAUUCUUCAACUCAGGGUCCAAUCUUAGAGCAACUGCAACUGCAACAUAAACUCCAAGAGCGGAGAGGCGCCGAACUCAGGGCUAAGAGGGACGAGGAGGAGCGGAAGCGCCGUGAAGAGGAAGAGGUGUUUCGGCGCAAGCAGGCAAGGGCAAGUGCUGGCACGGCCCCCCAUGCGCAGCUGUCCUCUUCGUCGUCCUGGGGCCAGCAGUCGGUGAACGCUGCCUCCUCGUCCACCCAGAAUAGCUUCAGCAUAGCUGACAUCCAGAAACUGGGAGAUUCCCGAGCCUGCCGGGAGCUGCGGGAAGAGUGUCGUCAGCAGGAGCUGCUGAAGCUGCUUCAGCAGCAGAACUCGCACCCCCUCUGGGGUGGGGUGGCCAAGCAGAGCGUCUCCAUGAAGGCCCUGCUGGAGCUGCAGCAAGAGAGCGAGAGGCACUUGCAGAAGCAGCAGCAGCAGCGGGCACAGCAGAGAGUCCAUGGUGGCCACAGCCUGAGCAGCCUCCCGUCGCAGUGGGGAGCAGACUCGGGGCCACUGUGGGGGGGCCACGACAAGAACAGCCCCGUCAGCCUCUGGGAAGAGAGCGUGAAGAACUGCGGCCCCCUUGCCAGGAGCCUCGGCUUGAAGAACAGCCGGAGCAGCCCGUCCCUGGGGGACACGUAUAGCGCCUCUUGCCGGCAGAGCAGGAAGAAAACCGACGAGGAGGAGAAGCUUCUCAAGCUGCUGCAGGGAAUCCAGAAGCCCCAGGACGGUUUCACUCAGUGGUGUGAGCAGAUGCUCCAUGCCCUCAAUACCUCCAGCAACCUUGAUGUGCCCACUGUGGUCGCGUUCCUGAAGGAGGUGGAAUCCCCUUACGAUGUCCAUGACUGCAUCCGCUCCUACCUGGGAGACACUCUGGAAGCCAAAGAGUUCGCAAAGCAGUUCCUGGAGCGCCGUGCCAAGCAGAGAGCCAAUCAGCAGCGCCAACAGCAGCAGCAGGAAGCCUCCUGGCUGAGCUGCAGCAGCCUGCAGUCCCUAUUCCAGUCCAACCACAACCCCAAGCCACCGUCUUUUGAGACCAGUCAAGCUGCAAAGAUCAAGAGGCGUCCGAUGAUGCUCCACGCAGACCCCAGCAUCCUUGGUUAUGCCCUUCAUGGUUCCUCAAGCGAGCUGGAAACAGUGGAGGACUACUGACAGAAUCCCUAACAGCAAUAGGAAUAUCUCUGUUUUCCUCUCUCUCUCUCUCUCUCUCUCUCUCUCUCUCUGCCACUGCUGCCUUGAUCUAACCAAUUUCAGUUUCGGCUGAAUGUGCACUGCAAGAGAGGCGGCCAGGUGCCCCCCCCAUCACCCUCUCCCCCCUCCUGGAUGGGGGGCAGGAGGUAGCUUGGAGGAGCGGUCAGUGGCAGCAAGGGUCAGUUGGCCAGGCCAGGAGGAUGUUAAGCACUUCUUUCCUUACAAAAGCACCUUAAUGAACAAAACCUUUUUCUGCCAUGCACUUUAUUAAAACUUUUUUUUUUACAGUGACUUGUUACAGAUUCAAAAAGAAAAAAAAGGAAAAAAAAUACAAUUUUUUGAGAUUCUGGAAGAAUUUUUUUAAAAAAAGUUUAAAAAACUACAAAAAAGUUUAUCUUUAAAAGAAAACACUUAUUUUUCACUUGGGGAUACGUUUAAAAAUGUGAAUGGCAAUUUCACAAAGGCUUGAUAUAAAAAGAUUUAUAAGACAAAAAAAACUUGAAGAAAUGCACUUAGAAAAAGGAACUGUGUUUUUUUUAUUAUUGUUUGGAUAACUAUAUAUACAUGUGUAAAUACUGUUCAGACUCUCGCUCCCCCCCCGCACAGUAUAUUUUCUCUUACGAAGAGGCCAUUUUUAUAAAGACUUUUUUGUGUUCGUUUUUUUUUAAGAAAAUUGCACAAAUUCAUACCCUCCUUUUUUGCCCUCUGGAUGUACAAUGUUUGUUUUGUUCUAUUAAAAAAAGGGAAAAACUUGCAAAAAGGUUAAUUUACACUAAUGAUGAAGCGGGUUGCUCACACCAGAAACUGCUUUGCUUUACAAGCUGAUCCCGGAUUCCUUCCAGCUGUUGGCUCUGAAUCGUCUUCGGGCUUCUUCCAGGAAUCUUGCAAAGCGACGCCCACCCCCUUUUCCCACUCCCUCCUUUCCUUUUGGCUCCCUAUUAUUCUUCUCCCCUGCCCCCCCCGCAAAUACCUUAAAAAAGUUCUUUGUGCUACAACUCCUCAGAAGACACAUUUUCUACAGCGAAAUAUUUUUUGUGCUAGUGAGAUGCACUUUUUAUAAGAGGAGAAAAAAGCUCAGAGGGUUGUGACUCUUCUGUGUUUUGUUUUUUUUAAGAUUUCCUUCUUCUACCCUCCCGCUCAUCUCCUUAAUUUUGUGUACUUGUAUACAGAUGAGAAUCAAACUGUAAUGAAAGUGUUUUUUGAGGAGAAAAGACCUGCGUAUUACAGACAUCAACUUAGGAACUAUCUGUGCACUCAAAGCAGAAAUGAAUGUAUCGUACUUGGGCAACUAUUUCAGCUCUGGAGCCACGUUAUCCCCCCCCCCAGCUUUCCCCAAAAGCUGCCUGUUACAAUAUGGUGUUUCAUAAAGAGCAACAAGCGCCACAAGACAGAGACGGCCACAAGUUUUUGUUUGUGGGGUGUGUGUGUGUGUGGGGUGUACGUUUCCUUUUUUAAUUUUUUUUAAACAAGGAAGCCACCGUUAAUGUCUUUGAUCUAUAUUGGAGCUCCGGUGUUUUUAGAGUAAUAACCCCGCUCCUAAAUUUAGGGGCAACAUUUCUCUGUGUGCUUUUUGUGUAUAUGUAGCUGUUUGUAUAUAGUAUAUUUACAGAUUAUAAUCUUUUUUGUAUCAUUUUGCUUGAAUAGGUUUUCUUUUUUGUGCUCACAAGGAACUUUUUUUGUUUACAAUCCAUCCUGAGCCCCCAAAGCGGGCUGGUGGCACACAGAGUACUUGGAAGUCUGAAUCCUUGAGAGAGGGGAGUGUGUGUCAUUGGAGAUCAAGCUCUUCCCCCUGCACCAUGUGUGGAGUUUGUACAGAAAAGGUAUUACCUGGACUGGACUGACAAAAGCACCGCUUGUGCCCGUACUCUUUCCCCUUCCCCAUCCUGCUCCCAAAUUAUCUCGUGAAGGCAGAGGUCGGGAUGUGACACCAUCCUCCACACCUCCUUGUCAUCUGUUAGUACAUCCCUGAGGGUCUGAAAAAGUCCACAAAACUGGCUCCUUAGGGAAUGUUUUGUUGUGAACACCAUGUGAGGAGGUCUUUUUGCUUGAUGCAGCUUCUGGUGCCAUUGGUUCCUCCUCUCUGUGGUGUGUGGUGUGUUUUUUUGGGGGGCGGGGAGGAAGAUCCUAAACCAUCACAGCUUUUGAGUGCAAAAACAGCCACUCCCACUUAAAACAAUUUCAUGUUCAUGACCAAAAUGUUGAAGACCUUCAUUCUUUUUAUGUUCUGUGUUUUGUUUUAUGUCAAGCUACACAGAAUCAGAAAUUCCUCUUCAAGGAUUGUGUGUUUGUGAUUUUGAUAGUCCUUGUAAUUAAUGCUGUGAUGUUUCAAUGGUUACUGCGCUACGAGGCAGGAAGAGACUUUGAGAACGUGAGGGAUAGAUGUUGCCCUCUCCGUGUGUCUCUCCUCAUCUAACCAGGAUGGAAAGCUAUGUGCUUUUUCCGGGGGAGCUCUGGCAUUUCUGCCACUCCUUUUACUUUCGGUCAGUAUUGGUCCGCAGAUGAGACUCGCUGGAAGCCCCAGCCUCUGCCGGAGGUGAGUCCAGGCUCUGUUUCCAGUGUCUUUGGAAGGCCUCUCCUCUCUUGCAUUAAUGCUGUGGUCAGCCCACUUGGCAGAACUUGCCACCUGGCUUGGCAUCGCUACGCCCUGCGUGAUCAUCGUUGCCUCCUGUGGCCCUCAGCCAAAUAGAGUGGUGGCCAUCUCCUGCCAGCUCUCCUGCUGAAUUGGUGUGCUGGGGUGGAGGCUCCGGGGGGGGGGGGGGUCUGCCAUAUUUUGAGUCUGAAGACUGGUACAAUCCCCCCCCUUUUUUUGGACAUUGCCUCAAGAAUGUAUUUGGAAAAGCUGCUUCCUUGCCUGCCUUUCAACCAAGGGCUGUAUUUUUUGUGUUGUUGUCGGAGCCUCGUAUCAAUCAUUUGCUUUGCUUGCAAAAUGGGUUGUGUGUGUGUGUUGGGUGUGUGUGUUAUGUUCCCCUCACACCACCUGCCAUAUUGUUCUUUUUGUUCGUUUUGCACCAAAACCUUGGGGUGAGAUGUGGACUGAAAUAAUCCUAAGACUUUAUGUUGUUGUUGUUAAUCAAGGUACGGGCAAAGUUUACAAAAGAGCUGGGUUGUGGCAUGGGGCUUCUCAACCCUGGCCUGCAAAUCCAGAGUGGUUCUGGGGUGGGGGGAUGGACUGACAGACACAGCCCUUCCUCUGCUUGGAGGAAAUUCCCAUCCAGCUCUUAAAGGCUGUUGUUUUUUUUCAAUCUCUGUGUGUGUGUGUGUGUGUGUGUGUGUGAGAGAGAGAGAGAGAGAGAGAAUUGGAGUCAUUGUGUGAAAUUGUGUGCCUGUGUUCCCCUUUCAUAAAAGUGACUGAUGGAUCUUUCUCUCCCCCCCACCUUCUUCAGCCUAUUCAUUGUAUAAUGCUUGGCUUCUCCCACUUACAGGGCAAAAUGGGAAACGUGUGUGUGUGCAGACUUUUUGCCUCACCAGUUUUUAAGGGAGGCAGGAAUAAAAAAAAGAUCUUUAACAUGUUCUCCAGGUAUUAUAGCUGUGUGUUUUUUAAUAAAAAAAAAAUUCCUAGCAAUAAGGAAAAAAACCCAAAGUUUCAAAAGAAUUGUAGCCCACAAAGAAGCAGGAAAGGGUUGUAAUUGCAGCUGUUGAGUGGGGCUGGGGUAGGGUUAGAGGGAGAAGCAUCUGUCAGGAUGAUAGGGGUACUUGCCGGAGGGUCUUGAUUUCCUUCCUCCUCCCCCCCCCCCUUUUCUGUAUAUAUGUAUUUUCCCUUUUUUGUCAUUUUGAUAGAAUCCAUUAAAUGUGAAGAUGGUAACGUAAGGUGGUGCCGGGGGAUUCCCCUGGCACCAGAGCCACUACAUUGGACUUGAUCUUUUUUUCGUAGUUGGUGCAACACCAACCAUACCCUGCAGUGAUGAUUUCUGAUGCCAGUUUCUCUUUACACAAGGCAAUGCUUUUUUGAGGGAGGCUGUAGUAAUAGUAGCAGUAACAGCAGCAGCAGAAAUGCCUUCUUUCAGUUGACUUUUUUUUUUUUUUGCAGCCAUUUGGAAUGUGACUAUGAAUGUAAAAAUGUGUGGGGCCAACCUCUCUUGGCUGCCAUUGGGGGAAGGACUGUGUGUGUGAUUUUUUUUUUUUUUUUGCGGGGUGUUGGGAGCUUGAUUUUAAUUUUAUGCUUUCUGGAUGCAAUCAGGUUCAUGUGCAUUCAAAGGGAAUUUGAAGCGGCUAUGGGGGGGGCGGAGAGAAGGAAAUUUCGAUGCUAUGCAGCCAGUGUGUGUGUGAUUUUAUCACUUUGGCAAUUUCUAGGGUUGUAGGUGGAGGGGGAAAUCUAAAAAAAAAAAGCCCCAGCCUGUGGUGAGAUUUCCCAGGUCUCUCUCUCCCUCUGAGGGUUGUGUCCCAGGCUUUUGUUGUUGUUGUUGUUCCCAAAACUAGUGAUAGCUUGGUGGGUUGUUUUUGUUGAAGUGGUUCUUAUGUUUUUCUGAUGCCUUAAAUUGUGCACACAAAUUUGUUUUGAAGGGAGGGCGAGAUUUCUGGCGGUGAUGUACUCUUCUUGUGAUGAUGACGAUGAGAGAUGCUUUGAUUGGGGUGUGUGUAUGUGUAUAUGUUGACCUAUAUCUAGUGUUCGUUGGCAAGUCUCUCUGGACCAAGGAGUGCAGAACUUCUGCUGACUCAACUGGGACAAAAACAGAGGGGCGACCCAUGGGUGUUAACCGCCGCCCUUUCGACAAGGGGGGCUGUCGCCGGACGCCUGGGUUCUCUGUGUGAGAUUGUAGCUUGCCAGGGGCCAGUCGGAGUCAAGGGGGCUCGCCUGCUCCUACACUGGCAAAAAGGGAAGGGGAUGGGGAAGAACCAGUACAAGCUUCCACCCUUCUUGGACUCUGUGAGGAUUCUGCUCGACUCUUUUUUUUUAAGCUUCUAGUCCUCAUCUGCCAAGUGCAGGCUAGAAGCCCAUCUACCUCCCCCUGCUGUUGCCGUCUGCACAGAGAAGCGACGUCCUUCCCUCGAGUAUUACAAGAAACUGUGAUGGGACAUAAUGAGACCUUUGGCCUCCCAGCUCCUACUGAGAGUGGAAACAUGUUUACAGACCUCAGCGUUUUCCUGGUGCAAAUUGGCAGAAACUUUCUGGAGAUGGGGAGAAAGGGAGAUCCUUUCCUUCCCCUGCCCUUUCUGGUUUGCUGAAUGUUUAGGGGUGGUCUGUGCUGCCAUCCAAGGACUUCUUCACUGGAGGCGUUUUCUCCCUUCACCUGCGGAACGAUGACAACACGACAAGCUGCCUACAAGGACUCCUGGGUUCCUCUGGCACCGCUGAGAGCAGAGCAGCAGUUCAGAGGCUGUUGGGAGCCGGGGCAGCCUGGCUUGUGCAUACAUGGAAGAUUAUUUGGGCUAUGAAAGGGGUUUUUUUUUAAAAAAAAACUUUCUCCCCCCCCCCCAAGAAACUGGACCUUUUGUAGCUUGUUCCCCAGGUGCAAAACAGGAGGUGGGGGGAUGCUUCCACCCUCUGUUUCAAGGGGGGGGCAGGACUGUUCGAGAUUGUGUUCCUGCGCCUUAAGUUGGGGGUUCUCCCUGCUGUACAUAAUGCUCCCUUUUGUUUUGCUCCUCUUCCCCACCCCCGAAAUAUGUAGGAACUGCCUGGCUUUCAGUAGGGGUAUAUGUAUAAUAUUCAUGGGUGUAUUCAUGGGUGUUAAGAUGCCAAAUCCCUUUCCCCUUGUGUACAAUAGCUUCCCAACAUGCAUCUUUUUGUAAAUACCAUUUAUUUCUCUUCCACCCUGCAAGGAAAUAAAAGCUUAGAUGGUUGUGGAACUGGCUUCUGCUUUCUUUUAAUCUCAUCUCAGCCACCCGUCAGAUCCCCCCGUUCUGCUGCAAAAACAGCAGCUGCUUUUCAGUAGCUGCAUUCCUUCCUGCUUACCUCUCUCUUCAAGCUUGCCAGGUGGUAGGUGCUCAAAAUCCACCUCUGCUAAAUCCACAAUAGAGCCUGAUGCCUUUCAUGCACCGGCUUUCUGCAGCGUGGUGCCCUCUAGAUAAUUUGGACUACACCUCUCGGCAGUCAGCAUCAUACAGGCAUGCCAUCUGAGGUUGAUGGGACUCGGGGCUUUGGGCCUGGGCCCUCCUUACACAGUACGGCGCCACCUAGUGGAGCUUGUUGCCAGUCUUCUCUUGCUUCAUCUGCAGAAUGAAUGGGGAGUGGACAGGCCUUGCAGGGGGCUGUCAUUAGUCACAGUGCUACUUGUCCUUUGUUCUUCCCCAGUAGCUCUGUGUGUGCCAUCUGACCUGGGGGUCUCAUUUUCCAGCACUAUCUCGUGUUGCAUUUUGGAUGCUCUAUUCAUAGGGUUUUUGUGGUAAGAGAUAUUCAGAGGUGGUUUACCAUUGCCUUCCUCCGAGUUUGGAUGCAUCUUAGUCUGGUGUCUUAGCUUUGAUCAUUCCACCUUGGGUGCCCCUGCUAGGAGUCUAGCCCUUGCUCUCAGCUUCUUCAACACUCAAACCCCCUCACCAUGUUAAGGUGUGUCUCAGCCCUUUCUUAAAUACAGCCCAUAAAGCAAGUUCUUUAGUGACCUUUAAAGGGGGGUAAUGGUCCCUCUGCAGUUCCCAAGAAAAGGGGUGGCUGUAGCUCAGGCUACUUCAUGCCCUUUCCCCAGAGUUUCAGACUGGUGCAUGCAGGUAAGAACAGAAGCCCCGCUGCAGCAAUUGGAUCAGGCCCAAAGGGUGCCAUCUAAGGGCACCUCUUGCUCUCCAUGGCCAACCAGAUGCCUCUUCUGGGAAGGUGGCAAGCAAGACACGAGCAACUCUCUGCUUGUGACUCAGGAACAGAUGGUCUGCCCCCACCACAUAGCCACUGGGGCUAGUGAGUCUCUUGACAGUCUUGCCGUCCCACGAAUUUGCCUAAUCCUGUUUUAAAACCAUCCAUCUUGGUGGCCAUUGCUACUACUUGCGGGAGUGAAUUCCAGUUUUGUGUCCUGUGUGAAGUACUUUUUUGUUUGUUACCAUUCAGCUUCAUUUGUUUACCCCCAUUGGGUUCUAGUAUUGAGAAACCUCUUGCCAUCCGCACCACACAGAAUUUUAUACACCUCUAGCAUGUGCCCUUACUCCUUUCCCUAAACCAUCGUAGUUGGCAAUCUUAGUUCCUCUUUUCUGCACCUUUUACACAUAUACAGUAUUUUUGCUUGAAGUGUAGUGACCAGAACUGUUCAUAGCAGUCAAUCUGCAGUUGCAAUAUAGAUCUGUAUAAAGGUGCGCUAUUGGAAGUUUUAUUUUCAACCUUUUAACCUGAAAUGUGUCUUUUUCAUAGUAGCUGCAUAUCAGGUCACUGUUUUCAUCAAGCUAUCCCACCAGGGAGCCCAAGAUACCUUUCUCAGACCCUGUCAACCAUAUAUGCAAAGUUAGGGCACUUGACCCAAAGUGCAUCACCCAGUUUGAGAGCUCUUUGCUUUUCCUUUGUUUUCCUACCCCUGCACAAUGUAACGUCAUCAGCAAGGAUGGCCACUUCUAACUCAAGUUCAUUUAUGAACAAGUCCCAGCACCAGUCUGUAGGAGAUUCUCCACACCUUCUGUCCUUCCACCGUGAGAACUGUCUGGCGAUUCCUACGCCCUGUUCCUUAGCAGCCUCUCUCUUAUCCUACAGUUAUAAAUCUGCUCAGGAGUCUUUGAUGAGGAACUUUUAUCACAAGCUUUUUGGAAGUCCCAAGUACACAAACAUUUACCAGGUCAAACCUGUUCCCAUGUUAAGUUAGUUUCAAAGAACUCUUAAGACGUGACAGGAUUUUCUUUGCAGACGCAAUGUUUCUUCUUCUUCAGCAACAUUUGCCCUGUAUCCUUGAAGGUCCUGUCUUCAAUAAUUCUCACUAAUUUACCUAGAACUCCCAAUUAAGCUAUCCUGCCUGUAAUUUUUUAUAUCCUUUAACACUUGCCACUUUUUCUUUAAGAGUGGCCACUUCCCAGUCCUUUGGCAUACAAUCUAAUCUUAAGGACAUUUUACAUACUUUUGUUUAAAAAAUCAGCAGUUCUAUAUUGUGAGUUAUUUAAUAACCCUUGAGUGAAUACCAACUGAACCCAGUGACUUAAUGUGUGUCACUAAGGCCUAAAGCAUCUUAUCGCUGCUAUUUAUUUGUUCCAACUCCUUAAUAAUACCAGCUCAGACAUGGGUAACUGUCUUGCAUCUUUCGCAGUAAAGAAAGAUGGAAAGAAUUCAUUUGGCUAGUCUGCAAUCGCCUUUAUCCUCUUUUGCAUCCCCUUAUCAUCCAACCGCUCCCCGAGGCCAUUUCCCACUUCUGACUUUCAAAAAUAAAAAUUAAGGGCACAAAUUUGGUGAAGGGCCAGAGGGCAGGAGCCCAGCAUCUUAUCUGGAUGCUUUUGGGACUCCUGAGCAAUUCAGCUCUUAAUUUAGUGACACCGCCCCCUGUGAAAAUUUGUUUUUGCACUUGUUGAAAAUUCAGACCCUUUUCUACUGGUUGCAUGUUGUCUCAGAAAGAGGGCUGUGCUACAUGUAAAAACAAAUCCCAACUCCCCCCCAUCCAAAAAAACCUUCCAGCUGUCUUUCCACUCUCCUUCACCCAUGCACCACCAGCUUAAAAAAAAAAAAAAAGACAAAACACCAGAUGGGCUGUUGGUUUCUGUUGUUUACAGGUUACACA